GAGGUUCCCGAGAGCUUGCGCGUUGCAUUGAGGACAGCAGAGCCUCUCCAACAACCCACGAUACCUGCCGAUUGGAGAAUUAGCCCGCGACCCGUGAACGCAGGGCUUUUCUCGAGCCCAACAUGGCGGCAAUGAUGCCAAGUGCCGCAACGACCGGCAACCCCUACGACGACGACGCCGUGGAGCGUGACCUGAUUGACCCCGACGAUGCUACCCUCGAUGACCUCGACGAUCCUCUUCAGGGCACGUCGGACCGCGCGCCGCUGACGGGCAACAUGCAGCGCGGCGCUGCGCAGACGCAAUCCUACCUGACAUCGAGCAUUCCAGGCGAAGACCGCCGCGCGCCCACCAACACCAUCGACGAGACGGUAUGGGACACGCUGUCGCGCGACAUCUUCGCCAUCUGGGAGAAGAUGAAGCAGGUCCUGUACCCCAAGUACCUGCUCGGCGGCAUCAUGCAGCGUGGCGGAGGCAUUGGCGCAGCAGAGCGCGGUGAAGCCGACGGCUUUGGCGGCGGCCUCAGGAACAUUGCAGGGCGAUGGCCAGAUGCAGAUGUCAUCCUCCAGGGCGGCAUGAGCGAGGGCUUGCGCGACUGGGAUCUCUGGGGCCCACUCAUCUUCUGCCUGCUGCUCAGUCUGUUCCUCUCGUGGGGCGCAAAGGGCGACCAGAAAGACCUCGUCUUCUCCGGCGUCUUCGCCAUGGUCUGGAUAGGCGAGGCAGUCGUGACGCUGCAGAUCAAGCUACUCGGGGGCAACAUUGCCUUCUUCCAGUCCAUCUCCAUCAUCGGCUACACCCUCUUCCCGCUCGUAAUCGCCUCCAUCCUCAGUGCUGUUGGCAUACCCAUGAUCGUGCGCAUCCCCGUCUACCUUGUCCUCAUCGCCUGGUCGUUGGCAGCAGGCGUGAGCAUCAUGGGCGGGUCGGGCGUGGUGAGGAACCGUGUCGGCAUCGCAGUAUACCCCUUGUUUGUGUUUUACGUGGCUCUAGGCUGCCUCUGCUUCAUCAGCUAGUGCUGAGAUGUUAUGCAUGUAAAAGUAUCGGGGCAUGGUACAGCACUAUCUGGCGUUUCGGACAAGCUGUGGAAAUGGCUAUUCAUAUCUUUUGCAUAUUUACUCCAAUACAACGAAUGCAACAUGUCAGAUGCAUUUCGA